UUUUCUACACUUUCCACCUUUACACAGUACAUAGUAUACAAAAUUAUUCCCUUCCAGCCCAAGAUGAAUCGAUAUCACAAACUUAGCAUGUCGUUUGAAAUGCUGCGCGAUCUCUACGAGACCUGGCUGAUCCUGGCCAUUGGUACGCUGGUCCGCUGGAAUCGCUGGAGUCCGUUGAUCCAUGGCAUCGUAUCGCCACUGGAUCCCUCCCUUAGGCACAUCGUGGGCGACAAUGAACGCUGGGCGGGAGUCUACUUUGGAUGCGGCACACUCAUGGCCAUCAUGCAGUACCGACCACUUUGGGUGCGCCGGUGUCGUCACCGCGUCUGCAUCCUGAUGCUGAUGUCGGAGAUUAUGCUGCUGCUCCAGAUGGUGCACUGGAUCGACUGCCAGCUGUGGCAAUCAUCUUUGGGACUCUUCGAGGAUCUCUUCUUCGCCCUGGGACGAGGUCAAUGGGGCUCCUGGUUCAUUUUCUGUCCGGCCGCAGUGCGCAAUCUGUUCCUGUGUGGCGAUGUCUUCGAUAUGUUCCGCCUGCUCGCCUCGUUCUCCAUCUUCGCCCUGGCCCUAAACUCGACAGCUGGUGAAUGGAGGGUGUCCUUGGACUUCCUGUUGAUUGGCUACUUUCCAAAUACUUCGCUCUGGAGGCAGUCCCUCUAUGUGGGCUACAGGAGGAAGGGUUUCGAGCGCAGAGACUAUGUACUGCCACCACUUCCCCCACCCGAGCUCCCUAUCUACAAACGUAUGUGUCGCCUGUGUCUGCAGCAACUUAAAGCCAAUCCCACUCACCAUGAGAUUGACAGCACCUGAUACGUUAAAAUUGACUUAGUUUUCGAAACUUUGGCAAAUUCCUAUUAUAUAUUUUCUGCAUAUUCAUACAAUAAAAUCUAGCGUGUGAUAAGUUUAA